AUAAUUGAAUUAUUGAAAGACAGACCACAGGGCGAGAGAUUCCCCUAAAAUUGCCCCAUUUCAUAGGAUCUCAUCAACGAUACAAUUUCAGACACCGAGACGCAAUCAUCGGUCGGACCCGGCAAACAAAGAUCGGAUUUUUUUUUUUUUUCUGAUACCCAAGAAAGUCGUUGAAGGAGAGAGGGGAAAAUCGAGCAUCCGGGAAAAGAAUCCAUUUUUAUUUUGUAAUUCUUUUAAAUAAAAUUUCAGUUGCGAAUCCUGCUGGAUUCUUGGGCAUUCUUCUGUCUAGCAAAUUAAUUUCUUUUUGGGGGAAUUAAUUGCAUUUGCGCAUAGAUUCGCUAAAAAAGGAAAAAAAAAAAACAGGGAAUUCACCGGAUAUAAAAAGCUGGCUUUUGCAAGUUAUGUUCAUGUGGUAGGGGAGGGAGGGGCAGAGGAAGAAGAAACUGUACGGCUCGUGGGGAGAGAGAGAGAAGAGUCAAACCUCGGAAUCAUGGAAGGAGGUGAACCCAGGAACCGAAAGGUUAAUGCCGAGGAACAUCUAUCCAUUGAAAUCCCUGAAACUGCUCAUCAGAUCAGCAGCGAUUCAUGGUUUCAAGUGGCAUUUGUUCUGACAACUGGAAUAAACAGUGCUUAUGUGUUGGGGUAUUCCGGCACCAUCAUGGUUCCUUUGGGUUGGAUUGGUGGUGUGGUCGGUCUACUUCUCGCCACCGCAAUCUCUCUUUAUGCCAACUCUCUUAUCGCCAAACUUCACGAGUUUGGUGGUAAAAGACAUAUUAGGUACAGAGAUCUUGCCGGAUUCAUAUACGGCCGAAAGGCUUAUUGUCUUACGUGGGGAUUGCAAUAUGUAAAUCUUUUCAUGAUCAAUUGUGGCUACAUCAUCCUAGCUGGUUCUGCCUUGAAGGCUGUUUAUGUACUUUUCAGAGACGACCAUGCCAUGAAACUGCCUCACUUCAUUGCCAUUGCGGGUCUCGUGUGUGCCCUUUUCGCAGUUGGGAUCCCUCAUUUAUCGGCUCUCGGGAUUUGGCUCGGUGUCUCAACCGUCCUCAGUCUCAUCUAUAUUGUCAUAGCAAUAGUGUUGUCAGUUAAAGACGGAGUAAAAGCACCUGCCAGGGAUUAUAACAUACAGGGUUCAUCGACGGACAAAAUCUUUACUAUAACAGGAGCAGCUGCCAAUCUGGUUUUUGCGUUUAACACGGGAAUGCUUCCUGAAAUACAAGCGACGGUAAGGCAGCCUGUUGUGAAGAACAUGAUGAAAGCUCUCUACUUUCAAUUCACGGCAGGAGUCAUACCGAUGUACGCGGUUACUUUCAUCGGAUAUUGGGCAUACGGGUCUUCCACAUCAACCUAUCUGCUAAACAGCGUCAAUGGCCCGACCUGGGUGAAAGCCCUUGCUAGUAUAUCCGCUUUCCUCCAAUCGGUUAUCUCCUUGCACAUUUUUGCAAGUCCAACGUACGAAUACAUGGACACUAAAUACGGAAUCAAAGGAAGCUCGCUGGCAGUAAAGAAUCUGGCUUUCAGGACCGUAGCAAGAGGCGGAUACAUAGCAGUAAGCACGCUCCUCUCGGCCCUUCUGCCGUUCCUCGGGGAUUUCAUGAGCCUGACCGGAGCGCUGAGCACGUUCCCUCUGACCUUCAUACUGGCUAACCACAUGUUCCUUGUGGCUAAGAAGAGCAAGCUCGGUUCAGUGCAGAAGCUAUGGCAUUGGCUCAACGUCUGCUUCUUCGGGUUGAUGUCUGUCGCGGCCGCCGUCGCAGCUCUCAGGCUUAUCUCUGUCGACUCCAAGAACUUCCAUGUCUUUGCGGAUGUUUAAGUAUCUUGGUUUGUCGCCAUUGUUAGUUAUUCUUAGGAGGGGUCUCCCCUCUCUUCUUUUCGUUCUUGUUUUUUUUUUUUUUAAAUAGAUGAAAAGUUUCAUUCCA